CGUGCGGCAGCCGACACCACCCAAACAUGUCGACUCGCUGGUAUCCACUUUACCGCAGGGGAAACCCACAGUUGAGAGUUUUCCUACCAAACUUUUACAUGAAACUCAUCAAGCCGCGAGAUCCUCAGCCUAAAAAUGUGGUGCAGUUUGAGGUCUCGAUGCAGAUGACCAAGUUUGACAUCAAGAAUUAUUUGGAGAAGAUCUACAACGUUCCAGUGGAAAAUGUCGUGACACAUGUCAGAAUGGGUAAGGGGUUUUGAAUGAUGAAGGCGAUA